CCGGAAGUCUGCAUGAAGCUGCGUCUCGCACAGGGGCAUUGGCGUCGACGUUUUUUUUCUGUGUUUUUUUUAUUCGUGUUUUUUUUUGUUUUUUUUAUUUUCUCAGUGUGACGAACAGGGAGAGGGAUGGAGGCGUAAGGGGUUGUGGCAUUGUUGUUUUCAAGCGGGAGUUUAUUUGUUUAUUGUCGACUUUAAAAAUAGGCCGCAUAGUAGCAAGCUAGCUAACAAAAGCUGCAAUUAAUGGAGGCAAGUUAGCUAGCUAGCUAACCUCAAGGAGCUAGCUAGCUUCUACGUUAACUAACUAGCUCAGAUUUCACUCCGCUGUUGUUGCUAGAUAAUUAACUAGCUAGAUAACACCAACAGCAGUCUAUCAAGCUCGCCACCAGCUAUUUAGCUGAAAGAAAGGAAAUAAUGGAAGAUUCCCAUUUCAACUCAUCAUACUUUUGGUCUCCCGUUCCUACAGUACAAGGACAGAUUGAAAACGCCAUGUUCCUGAACAAGAUGAAGGAGCAGUUGAGUCCGGACAAUAAGGGUUCUCCAUCGUUCCCUCACUCCUCGCAAUAUCCCACCGCCGUGCUCACCAUGGACGCUGGAGGCCGGGUGGUGCCCAAACAGGAAUGCGGAGGCGUCCAAUUGAACGCCGUAGGUGGGCACCUGCACCAGCCGCACACCUCACAGAAUAUCACGGUGGUGCCCGUCCAGUCCACGGGCAUCAUGACGGCAGCGGGGCUAGUGAUAACCACUCCCCAAGGCACCCUGGUCUCUCAACCCACCUCCACACAAUCUUUUGUGUCCGGACCCCCUGCCACCACCAUGAUAGUGUCCGCACUGCACCCCACAAACACAGAGAGCAGCCAGCACUCCUCUCUCUACUUCUACAGCCACAACAAGAAAGAGGAUUUGGUCAUCCCUCCUGUUGUCAUGUCAACGCCCGGGAAGCGGGGCAGGAAGAAGAAGUCGAUGAUGCCGAGGGCGGGCGCCACCCUCCCCCCAGGAAGUGAUGCGUUGAUUCUGGCACACCUGGCUGCUGGGGGACAGCACCACACUGCCGACCAUUAUGACUUAUCAAAUGAUGAGGAUGAGCAUGGGAACAAAGAUGGGACCAAAUCAUACAGGUGCCGGAUGUGUGCGGUGACGUUCUUCAGCAAGUCGGACAUGCAGAUCCACGCCAAGUCUCACACGGAGGCCAAGCCGCACAAGUGCCCCCACUGCUCCAAGUCAUUCGCCAAUUCCAGCUACCUGUCCCAGCACAUCCGCAUCCACAGCGGGGCCAAGCCCUACACCUGCUCCUACUGCCAGAAAACAUUCAGGCAGCUCAGUCACUUACAGCAGCACACACGAAACCACACUGAGGGCAAACCGCACAAGUGUCCCCACUGCUCCAAAUCGUUCUCCAACUCCAGCUACCUUGCCCAGCACAUCCGCAUCCACAGUGGGUCCAAGCCCUACACCUGCUCCUUCUGCCAGAAAACAUUCAGGCAGCUCAGUCACUUACAGCAGCACCACAGGAUCCACACUGGGGACCGACCUUACAAGUGUAUCCAUCCUGGCUGUGAGAAAGCAUUCACUCAGCUGUCCAACUUACAGUCUCACCGCCGGCAGCACAACAAAGACAAGCCGUAUAAGUGCCACAACUGUAACCGCGGUUACACAGACGCGGCCAGUCUGGAGGUGCACCUGACCACUCACACGGUCAAACACGCCAAGCUUUACUCCUGUGGCCUGUGCAACCGCGCCUACACCUCGGAGACCUACCUGAUGAAACACAUGCGGAAGCACAACCCGGACCCCCUCACGGUGGCGGCCGCCGUCGCCGCACAGCAGGCCCAGGGCCACACCCCUGGAGGAGGGGGCAGGGGGAGGGGCCGUGGGAGAGGAGGACGCGGGGCAAAUGCAGUGGGUGGUCCUGGAGGGGCGGGCCAGAACCCGGGGCAGAACCAUUCCCAGAACCCCAACAACCCCCAGCAGGGCAGCUACCCACAGACGGAGGGCGUGCCAUGCUCCUUCGACCUGCACCAGUACAAGACGGUGUCGGCCGGCGAGAUCCAGUACAAGCCAGUCAGCGUGGCUGAUCUGUCGGCCCAUAAGGACCUCUGCUUGACCGUGUCCACCUCAGCCAUCCAGGUGGAGCACAUGAACUCAUAGAGCGGGAGGAUGGACAGAGGUGAGGAGAGGAGUUUGGACAGAGCGGCAGAUGGACAGAAUGGAGAGGGAGGGAGGGAGUUGGAGGCUGGUGUCACUUUAAAUGGGAGGAUAGGCUCAUUGUAAUGGCUGGAAUGGAAAGAACGGAACUGUGUCAAACACAAUCAAUGUGUUUGAUUCCAGCUAUUUCAAUGAGGCCGUUCUCUGAUUUCUCCUCCCACCAGCCUCCACUGACAGGGAGAAAGGACUAAGUAAAAGCGACACUGCCUUGUGGUUGGCGAAGGAAUGGAUGGAAGAAUGAGGUUUGGCGAUGCAAGACCCAAUCAGAGAAGGAAAGGAGGGCGUGAAGAGGAAACCUGAGAUGAAGAGGAAGUAUGGGAUAUGUAGUCCAGUAUUGAAUGAAGAGAUGAUAUAUGAAUGGUUCAAAGAAGGCACUUAAAGGAGAAGACAUCGAAAAGGGAAAGAGAUGAGGGGGGGGCUGAUAUAAAGAAGGCACUUAAAGGAGAAGACAUCGAAAAGGGAAAGAGAUGAGGGGGGGGGGCUGAUAUAAAGAAGGCACUUAAAGGAGAAGACAUCGAAAAGGGAAAGAGAUGAGGGGGGGGGCUGAUAUAAAGAAGGCACUUAAAGGAGAAGACAUCGAAAAGGGAAAGAGAUGAGGGGGGGGCUGAUAUAAAGAAGGCACUUAAAGUAGAAGACAUCGAAAAGGGAAAGAGAUGAGGGGGGCUGAUAUAAAGAAGGCACUUGGUCAAUCUUGUAUUUUUUCCCUCAUGGUUUCAUUUAUUAGUUGUAUGUAUAUUAUCAUAUGUAUGUAUUUUUCUACCAACGUUGGAAUGUGUUAACGAACGGCGUGGGAAAGUGAAAAGAUUGUGCAAGGAACGUGAGUGAGAAGAAACAUCUAGAAACAGAGCAGAUUUUGUAUUUAAGAAUGAUGAUUUUCUAUAUUCCCAACUCAUUCUUGCAAAGCAAGGGGUGCGGGGGAGAAAGGUGGAUUGUAUUGAAACAAUUAGGUACUUUUAACAAGUUUUUUGUUGUUUUUUUAAAAACCUUUCGUACGGAGUAUUACUACCUACGUUAUUCUUAUUGUACGCAACUAUCAAUGUUAUCCUCAUUAUUAUCCAUUGGAAGAUACUGUAAUCUAUGUAGAUAUGCAGUACCACUCAAAUGUUUGGACACGCCUACUCAUUCCAGGGUUUUUCUUUCUUUUUCUAUAUUGUAGAAUAAUAGUGAAGACAUCAAAACUAUGAAAUAACACAUAUGGAAUCAUGUCGUAACCUAAAAAGUGUUAAACAAAUCAAAAAAUAUUUAAUAUUUUAGAUUCUCCAAAGUAGCCAACCUUUGCCUUGAUGACAGCUUUGCACACUCUUGGCUUUCUCUCAACCAGCUUCAUGAGGUUGUCAUCUGAAACGCAUUUCAAUUAACAGGUGUACCUUGACAAAAGUUAAUUUGUGGAAUUUCUUUUCUCCUUAAUGCGUUUGAGCCAAUCAAUUGUGUUAGACAAGGUAAGGGGUAUACAAAAGAUAGUCCUAUUUGGUAAAAGACCAAGUCCAAGAACCGCUCAAAUAAGCAAAGGGAAACGACAGUCCAUCAUUACUUUAAGACAUGAAGGUCAGUCAAGUGCUAUGAUGAAACUGGCUCUCAUGAGGACCGCCACAGGAAAGGAAGACCCAGAGUUAUCUCUACUGCAGAGGAUAAGUUCAUUAGUUACUAGCCUCAGAAAUUGCAGCCCAAAUAAAUGCUUCACAGAGUUCAAGUAACAGUCGAAUUGCUGCAAAGAAACCACUACUAAAAGACACCAAUAAGAAGAGAGACUUGUUUGGGCCAAGAAACACGAGCAAUGGACAUUAGACCGGUGGAAAUGUGUCCAUUGGUCUGGAGUCCAAAUUGGAGAUUUUUGGUUCCAACCGCCGGAUUUUUGUGAGACGAGGUGUGGGUGAACGGAUAAUCUCUGCAUGUGUGUUUCCCACCAUAAAGCAUGGAGGAGGAGGUGUUAUGGUGUGGGGAUGCUUUGCUGGUGACACCCAGUGAUUUAUUUAGAAUUCAAGGCAAACCAGAAUAACUUCCACAGCAUUCUGCAGUGAUACGCCAUCCCAUCUGGUUUGCGCUUAGUGGGACUAUGAUUUGUUUUUCAACAGGACAAUGACCCAACACCUCCAGGCUGUGUAAGGGCUAUUUGACCAAGAAGGAGAGUGAUGGAGUGCUGCAUCAGAUGACCUGGCCUCCACAAUCACCUGACCUCAACCCAAUUUGAGAUGGUUUGGGAUGAGUUGUUUAACACUUUAUUGGUUACUACAUGAUCCCAUAUGUGUUAGUUCAUAUUGUUGAUGUCUUCACUAUUAUUCUACAAUGUAGAAAAUAGUAAAAAUAAAGAAAAACCCUGGAAUGAGUAGGUGUGUCCAAACGUUUGACUGGUACUGUAUAUAGAAGUGACUUUUUUCUUUCAAAAAAGGGAAUGAUGUACUGCCUCUGUAAAGAAAAAAACUGAGAUCUAAAUACAUAUGAAAAAGAAAACAAAAUAACUUCAAAAGUAUGAAUCGUUGACAUGUAUUUGUAACCCGUCCAAUCACAGAGCUCUAUUCUGCUCUGUGUAUUUAUUGAGCUGGCUUGUGAUUGGCCGGUGAUCUUAUGUAUACUCCUUGUACUUCAUAAUGUGUCUUUUGAAAUAACACAGUUCUCAUUAUUCUUAUUGUUAUCGCUCCUAAUGCCAUUAUUAACUACACUUAUGCUACACUCGCUGUAUAUGCACAGUACACAUUCAUAUGAACAGACUGUUUCUCCUUGUAAGGACAAUAAAGUGAGACAGUCGGAGGUGACGA